AAUUCUCAUCACUUGUAAAUGAUUAUUCAUUGCUAACGCUAUUUUGUAGCUUAAAAAUUCUCACCAGAAAAGAAAAAUCACCAAAUAAAGGAGAGGAGAAUAUAAUCACCCAAAAUCCCAAUUUCAAAAUCCUCAUUUUUCACAACACUUUUAUUGCAAACAAUCACAAUUUCUUUCCUUACAAUGGCGUCACCAAAACUCCCCAGCAACAGCAGCAGCAUAUCAAUCUCGGUAGCUGACGACGACGACUCAGACGAACUGAGUCGAAUGCGAGCUCGAGUGCGUAGAAAACGCAAGAAACACCAUCACCGAUUCAAGAACAAUUUUUCACAGAGAAUCAUUAGGUUUGUUUUAAAAUACUGGACGCUCUUGAUCUUCCUUCCCGCUGCCGGAUUGCUAAUAUUUGAAGCCUCGAAGAUUGGUAGAAAACCGAGCUUGGAUGAUGCAAAAGUAUCUGAACAAGUUAUUGAAGUGAGAAAGCCGAGUUUUCAAGCUGAUUUGAAUAAUAAUAAAUCAGGGGGCAAUUUGAACCGGCUUGAUCCAGUGACUCACAUUGUCGGUGGAGUUAGAGAACGUUGCUUGAAACUGCUACCUUAUGAAGAGCUUCAACAUUUGGAUAUUCCAAUCCAUGAUAAUUUCAGUGGUCCUGUGAAAAACGUGGUGUACAUAUCAGAGAAAGAUACACGACAUAUAGGAGGGAACAUUACUUUGUCUGGACAGCACACAGAAGGCACAAGAUUUAAUUUAUUUACUGGACAUCAAACUUUUGAUCAGAGGGAGAGAAGUUUUAAGGUGAAUGAAACAGCUGAGCUGCACUGUGGGUUUUACAAUGAAAACGGUGGGUUUAAGAUUUCUGAUGAGGACAGAAGUUACAUGCAAACCUGCAAAGUUGUGGUGUCUACAUGUGCUUUUGGUGGUGGAGAUGACCUUCAUCAACCUAUUGGAAUGUCAGAGGCCACGCUUGAGAAGGUUUGUUAUGUUGCCUUUUGGGACGAAAUUACUCUAGCAGCUCAGGAGUCACAGGGGCACAGAAUUGGUGAGGACCAUUUUAUUGGGAAAUGGCGUGUUGUGGUUGUAAGGGAUCUUCCUUUUGCAGACCAAAGGUUGAAUGGUAAAAUCCCUAAGAUGUUGGGACAUCGCUUAUUUCCUCAGGCAAAGUAUUCUAUCUGGGUCGAUUCAAAGUCCCAAUUUAGGAGAGACCCUUUAGGUGUUUUGGAAGCCCUCCUUUGGCGAUCAAAUUCUGUCUUGGCAAUUUCUGAACAUGGAGCUCGCAGUAGUGUUUAUGAUGAGGCUAAGGCUGUUGUCAAGAAACACAAAGCCACCCCUGAAGAAGUGGAGGUGCAGAUAACUCAGUAUCGGCAUGAUGGGUUGCCUGAAGACAAAAGAUUAUACGGAAAGAAAGCUCUCAACGAGGCCUCAAUCAUUGUGAGGGAGCAUACACCAUUGACUAACCUGUUUAUGUGCCUCUGGUUUAAUGAAGUAGUUCGUUUCACAUCUAGGGAUCAGAUGAGUUUCCCAUAUGUUCUUUGGCGGUUGAAAGUGCUCAAGGACAUCCAUAGGUUUCCAGUUUGCAUCCGAAAGGAUCUUGUUAAUAGUAUGGGGCAUGUACGUAAGGCAAAGCCAUUGAUAAGUUAAUCCUUUGGUGCAUAUGGUACUCCGGCAUCUGUUCCGCCUCAUUGCUCAGAUACUUGCAGUUGGAUUGUAUUCAUUCAUAUAAUCAGGCUUACUUGCAGUUUGAUUGUUUUCCUUCGCGGUUCACUUGUAGUUAUUUUCAAUCCUUGUUGUUUCUCCUUGCAUUUUGAAUUCUUUGUAUUCUUUGGAAGGUUUAAAAGUUGGUUGCUUUGAUCUAAAA